UUCUGCCUCUCCCCCACGUACUGUGCUGUCUAGAGCUUGUCUCCCCCCACCCUAAUUUUUGGUGCUUUAUUGCUGUUGUUGUUAUUAUCUUAAUUUUUCUUCUUCAUGAUGUGCUGUUAGAAACCACUCCGGGACUACUCCAGCAGUAGGAAGACCGAGGAGUGGAGUGGAUGAAUAUACCGAUGAGAGAUCCAGUAAUCCCUGGGACAAGCAUGGCUUAUCAUCCUUUUUUACCUCACCGGGCACCGGACUUUGCCAUGAGCGCUGUAUUGGGACAUCAGCCUCCCUUCUUCCCGGCUCUGGCUUUGCCUCCCAACGGGGCGGCCGCCCUCUCCCUUCCCGGGGCUCUGGCUAAACCCAUCAUGGAUCAGUUAGUAGGGGCUGCAGAGACUGGUAUCCCCUUUUCUUCCCUGGGUCACCAGGCAGCAGCCCAUCUGAGGCCUUUAAAAACUCUGGAGCCAGAAGAAGAGGUAGAAGAUGAUCCAAAAGUGCAUCUGGAAGCCAAAGAGCUUUGGGAGCAGUUCCAUAAAAGAGGCACGGAGAUGGUGAUUACCAAAUCUGGAAGGAGAAUGUUUCCUCCAUUUAAAGUGAGAUGCACUGGACUGGAUAAAAAGGCCAAGUACAUUUUAUUGAUGGAUAUAGUGGCAGCUGAUGAUUGUAGGUACAAAUUCCAUAAUUCCCGGUGGAUGGUAGCCGGCAAAGCUGACCCUGAAAUGCCAAAGAGAAUGUACAUCCACCCGGACAGCCCGGCCACCGGCGAACAAUGGAUGUCCAAAGUCGUCACCUUUCACAAGCUGAAGCUCACUAACAACAUCUCUGACAAGCACGGAUUUGUGA